GAAACCGCGGCGGGGCGCGGGAGGCGGAAGUAGCGCGCCGGAGGGCCCGGCCGCCAGCGGACUCCGCCGGCCGCCUCAGCCAUGGACGCAUCCCUGGAGAAGAUAGCAGACCCAACAUUAGCCGAAAUGGGCAGAAACCUGAAGGAAGCAAUGAAGAUGCUGGAGGACAGUCAGAGAAGAACAGAGGAGGAAAACGGAAAGAAGCUCAUAGCGGAGGAUAUUCCAGGGCCACUCCCGGGCAGUGGGCAGGAUAUGGUGAGCAUCCUCCAGUUGGUUCAGACCCUGAUGCACGGAGAGGAGGAAGAGGAGCCCCAAAGUGCUCGAAUCCAAGACAUUGGAGAACAAGGGCACAUGGCUUUGUUGGGACACAGCCUGGGAGCUUAUAUUUCAACUCUGGACAAAGAGAAGCUAAGAAAACUUACAACAAGAAUACUUUCAGAUACUACCUUAUGGCUCUGCAGAAUCUUCAGGUAUGAAAAUGGAUGUGCUUAUUUCCAUGAAGAAGAGAGAGAAGGCCUUGCAAAGAUCUGUAGGCUUGCGAUCCACUCUCGAUAUGAGGACUUUGUGGUGGAUGGAUUCAAUGUUCUCUAUAAGGAAAAACCUGUUAUAUAUAUUAGUGCUGCUGCCAGACCUGGCCUGGGCCAAUACCUUUGUAACCAGCUCGGCUUACCCUUCCCCUGCUUGUGCCGGGUGCCCUGUAACACGAUGUUUGGAUCCCAGCACCAGAUGGAUGUUGCCUUUCUGGAAAAGCUGAUUAAAGAGGAUAUAGAAGCAGGACGACUGCCUCUGGUGCUUGUUGCAAAUGCUGGAACUGCAGCAGUGGGUCACACGGACAAGAUUGGCCGUUUGAAGGAGCUGUGUGAGCAGUACAACAUCUGGCUUCACGUGGAGGGCGUGAAUCUGGCAACAUUGGCUUUGGGUUAUGUCUCCUCAUCAGUGCUGGCUGCAACCAAGUGUGACAGCAUGACGCUGACUCCUGGCCCGUGGCUGGGUUUACCAGCUGUUCCUAACGUGACGCUGUAUAAGCAUGAUGACCCUGCCUUGACUUUAGUUGCUGGUCUCACAUCAAAUAAGCCAUCAGACAAACUCCGUGCCCUGCCUCUCUGGUUAUCUUUGCAAUAUUUGGGACUUGAUGGGACCGUGGAAAGGAUCAAGCAUGCCUGUCAGUUGAGUCAGCGAUUACAGGAAAGUCUGAAGAAAGUAAACCACAUCAAAAUUUUGGUGGAGGAUGAGCUCAGCUCCCCGGUGGUGGUCUUCAGAUUUGUGCAAGAGGCAUCAGGUACAGGUCCGGUAUUUAAAGCUGUCCCUGGGCCCAGCCUGGCACCUGCGGCCGUCGGCCGGGAGAGGCACUCCUGUGAUGCGCUGAAUCGCUGGCUGGGGGAGCAGCUGAAACAGCUCGUGCCAGCCAGCGGCCUCACCGUCAUGGACCUGGAAGCUGAGGGCGUGUGUGUGCGCUUCAGCCCUUUGAUGACAGCAGCAGUUGUAGGGACUCGGGCAGAGGAUGUGGACCAGCUUGUCACCUGCAUACAGAGCAAGCUGCCAGUGCUGACCUGCACUCUGCAGCUUCGAGAAGAGUUCAAGCAGGAAGUGGAGGCAACAGCAGGCCUCCUGUAUGUUGAUGACCCUAACUGGCCUGGCAUAGGGGUUGUCAGAUAUGAACAUGCUAACGAUGAUAAGAGUAGCUUGAAAUCUGAUCCAGAGGGAGAGAAAAUCCAUGCUGGACUCCUGAAGAAGUUAAAUGAACUGGAAUCUGACCUUGCAUUUAAAAUGGGCCCUGAAUACAAAAGCAUGAAGAGCUGCAUUUACAUUGGCAUGGCGAGCGACGACAUCGAUGUUUCUGAGCUAGUAGAGACCAUUGCAGUCACAGCCCGGGAAAUUGAAGAAAACUCAAGGCUUCUGGAAAACAUGACAGAAGUUGUUCGGAAAGGAAUUCAGGAAGCCCAGGUUCAGCUGCAGAAGGCUAACGAGGAACGCCUUCUGGAGGAGGGAGUGUUACGGCAGAUCCCUGUGGUGGGCUCUGUGCUCAACUGGUUUUCUCCAGUACAGGCAUCACAGAAGGGAAGAACUUUCAACUUAACAGCAGGCUCUCUCGAGUCCACUGAACACACGUACGUGUACAAAGUACAAGGUACGGGAGUGACGCCACCUCCGACUCCCUCAGGCAUGCGCACCAAGCCGAGACUUCCAGGCCACAAGCCCUUUAAAAAGUCCCAAAGAGGCUCAGACGCGGUGAGCGAGACGAGCUCUGUCAGCCACGUGGAGGACUUGGAAAAGGCGGAGCAGCUGGCGAGUGGACCGGAGCAAAGCACACCGGAAGCCCCUGGCCCCGAGCAAGCUCCGGGGACAUGCAGCCCUCAGGAGCCCGAGGCCCUGCCCGCCGGGGCCCAGUCCCUGGGAGUGGACUGCCCACAGGUGGAAGAGCGGGAGAGCUUAAGAUAAGCCUCGGUGUUGGGUUCGGGACUGUGCUGUUUGUCAGAUGAAGUGAUAAUGACAAUGUGAACCAGGCAAGUACACGAGAAAUGACUGUGUUUAACUGGGAUUUUUGCAAAAACUUGUGCCUGAGAGCCAGACUUUCUGGGAGGGCAGUUGGCUUGUCAAGCUUGGUGUUUACCACCAACUGUUGUCUGUCUUACUCAACUGUAGUAUUACCAUUUUCCCCCUAAGUUACAUAAACACUUUUAUUCACAAAGAACACUUAGAAUUUCAAGUGCUUGCUACUUGAAACCCUUACUCUUAUCUUUCUAACCAUAACUGUAAUAAGUUACUAGGUUGCACACGAGAUCUUUCUGGUGAGACAGCUUUUGUUUGCAUGCUCUGCUGUCCACCGGCAGAGGUGAGGCGAGGCAGCGCACUGGGCCCCGUGUGGGAGUCGGCCUGCACACCUGGGCGCUGGCCUCGAGAGAGCGGGUCUGGGGCAUAGCUACGGGAGCCCUCUCCUCCGUCCUGCUGCUGCUCUUCCUGGAGCUCUAAGUACGGACUGUGUCCACUCGGGCUGUGGCAGCCUUCCCUGGGACUGUCUGCCAGAGCCAUUCCUCCCUUUCUGUACUAUUUGUAAACAAAUAUAAGGACUGAUCUAUUAAGUAUAAAACCUCCUCCAGACCCACCUAUGUAUAUUUUUAAAUACUAGUAAGCUUUUAAAUUGGCACGCCAAGUACAGGUUGUGCUCAUUUCUGUUUAAUAUCUGAAACCCUGACGAUGCUACCCAAUGGAGCUAACAUCAAGUAGGCUGUCCAGCCUUACUGGAGUCCAGGUGCCCCGGUAAGUGUGCCCUCACCCCAGCAGCAGUCAGCCCACAGCCAAAGACAGACUACUAGCUAAUUUACUGUCCAUCACACUUGUCCAGGGUGAUGGCCCUGCGCCUUCUUAGUGCAGCCAAGUCAAGUUCCAGGAGCUCGUGUGGGGUGAGGAAUGGAUCCUGGGUGUGGUAUUAGGAGCCUUAGUCACUACGUCACAUUAAGCCUCUAAUUACACUCUGAUUACAUGGAACUUGUCAAGGUGCAAUCUUUUUUGCAGGGGGUAGUACAGAUGAUUAAACAAAGUCUUCCCUGUUUAUUUGGUGCAAUGAAGUAUUACGUAAAAUCGGGAGGGGUAAAUUAUCACCUUUAACAAGAUUAAUUUUUAAAGGUUUUAUAUAUAUAUUUGGAAUUGUUAAAAUUGGUUUUGGUGAAACAAAUUUCACCUUUCAGAUAUUAUUUGAAUGUUGAUUUCAAUAAAGAUUCUUAAAA